GAGUAUAGAUCGUGCUCGAACGAAAUCUGCUCGUCUCAUCAAUAAACCGAAAACAUAGUGUAGUUUUUUUUUCAAUUUUCAUUUUUAUUUUAAGUUCAUUACGUUCCUGUUUUAAUUUUACCCUAUAAUUGCUUUUUUUUUCGAAAUUAUUUAAUUAUUGUUCCUACGAGCUGCGGUGAAGUUAAGUCCUUUAAAUUUAUACAUGUGCGUUUCGCGUAAACUUAGUGUGUGAAUUGAUCUUCACCAAAGGAAACACGAACAUGGAUAAGGAAAAACUAGAUUUCGAUCAUAACACCAACAGUCAAUACGACUUUAGCCACGAAUUGGGAAAUAUACCAUGGCGUCUGGUGGAGGAAAUGAAACCAGAACCGAAUCAGACAUUCCGAUCAGAGUUCCAUACUAGUAGAAAUACGGCUGUGCAAAGUUCUACAUUUACAACGACAACCCAAUACAGCAAGCAAUACGUCCAAACUGAGUCGGUGAAUUGGGGGAACGGCACGACCGUCAAAAUUACUCGGGAGGGUGUCGAAGAAUGCCCCCCAGAAACCUCGUACACCACCCACACUCAUUAUACACAGGAUAGCACCGGGACUGAUUCGCAGAGUACGCAAUUUAUGGAGGUGACGUCUUUGAAGCGAGUGCAUGAUGACGGCCUUCCUGAUGCUCUCGGCAUCGUCAAUCCACAUUCUGGCGAAUGGAUGACGGUCAGAGAUGCUAUGCUGCGCGGAUUCCUGGAUGCUACCUCUGGAAUGGUGUUAGCUGAUCCAAAUGGAACACGAGUUAAUAUUGAGGAAGCGGAGCGACGUCGUUUAAUAGAUCCUAGUAUAUCUAAGAAACUUCAAAUCUUGUUUAACAACCAAAUUGAAUGGAAAUCUUUCGUAGCAAGAAUAUACGAAUCUGAGGCUUCGCAAGAGAAGCGCGUGAAGGUAACUGAUCCCCAACACCUCCAAAAAAUCCUUGGCGACGGAAAAGUGGACUUGAAAUCGGGACAUUUCACGCUUGAUUCUGGUGAAGUCAUUACUAUGCAGCAAGCUUACGAACGCGGUUUCUUGAUGAAGAGUUCUGUCAGAAUUCUAACCUCGGCAACCAGUCUCUUUGAAUCGAUCAAUCGCGGUUUGAUUGAAGAGAUCACUGGCUUAUUUGUCGAUCGUAACUCUGGCGAAAAAUGCAAAUUGGACGUGGCGAUAAGCAAGAAUCUCUUGAACGGGAAUGUACAAGAAAUCGUGGACUCCAAAACCGAUAAUAAAAUAACGGUUUUAGAAGCUAUUGAUAAAGGCGUGAUAAAUGUAAAAUCUGGCAAAUUCAUGUACCAACGCGAACACUUAACCUUUGCAGAAGCCAAACGUAGGCAAUUAAUUCAAAAACCUUUAACUCUUAAAGAUGCAUAUGAUCUGAAUAUUUUGGAAAACGAUUGCAAAAUUUGGUCCCCGUUGCAUAAAAUCAAGUUGAGCAUUCUCGAGGCCAUCGGUCGCGGCGUUUUGGAUUCUAAUUCUAUGCUAUCAAUUUUAAAUGUGGCCAAGGACGAGUACUUGACUCUGCAGGAUGCCAUGGCCAUCGGCAUUAUCUUACCUCACGGUGUCUACGUUAACAAUACGAACGGCGAAACGAUGGAUAUCGUGGAUGCAGUCAAACAAGACUACAUCAUUUCCGUGACGCAAAAAUCGAUCUUCAACAUCGAAUGUUUUCGGUCUCCGGAUGCAUCCGAGUAUCUGAGUUUCAACACGGCCUUAGCUAGAGGCUUUAUAAACGCGAAGAACAACGGUAGCCUGAUUACGAACGCGAAAACUGGUAAAUUAAUCUCUUUCUCGGACGGUAUUACGACUGGCGAAGUAAAAUCGAACGUGCAUGAGAUGCUGACGCGAACCAUCGGUAUAUUCGAACAGGGUAGGGAACUCACGAUUUUGGAGGCCGUUUUCAAAGGAUACAUAGAUCCUAAAACCGGCUAUUUAGUUGAUAUUCGUAAAAGUAAAAAAGUCGUGCCUUUAAAUGACGCGAUUGCGCAGAAAUUGAUCACUGGGGAAGGAGCAGCACUACUGAAUUCAAUGCUCAGCGUUAACGUGACGAAUCGUACAACCAGUAAACAGAUCAAGAGAUACGUUGCAGUCGAAACUCUUAACAAAACUCGCGUCCACCAUGCCAUCUCCUAUACCGAAGCAAUCCUACAAGGUCUUAUUGAUAACGAUAACCAAACCUUCUACGAUCCUGUUUCCAAAAAAGUAAUUCCAAUAGUAAAGGCCCUAAGUGAGGGAAAGUUGACUCCCGAUGCGGAGAAUACUAGCAUCCAGAUUACCAAGAGCAGUGGCGCUUAUCCGAAAGGCACAACACCUUCGAAAACGACGAUCAAGGUGAUACAACUCAAGCAAGACAUUGACAACAAUUCGAAGGAAACUACGUUUGAUACGACCAUACCGAAGGAAAAGCAGGUUUUCGAAUUGCCGUCAGAGGGUUGGUCGUUGUCCGAGGCGAUCUCUUUGAAAAUGUUUGAUCCAGUUACCGGCUUAUUCACAAUACCCGGAACGGAUCGUUUAGUAAGCUUUGAAGAAUGCAUAAGCUUGCAAAUAAUUAAUCCAUCUACUGCGUUAGUAGUCGACCCAUCAACUAAAAAACAUAUUAGCGUUACUAAAGCUGUUGAAACUAAGAUAUUGGAUGGUGUGGGUAGAUAUAUUAUUAACAACGAGCGUAUUACGAUGGAAGAGGCCAUCGCUAGGAGCUUAAUCAUAUUAAAGGAAUACGCUGUUCUGCAUAAAACUAGCCAACGUCUCUUGAAAGUGACCCGACAAUCGGGAAAACCUGAUUGUGUUGAGGUCUCCAAUAUUAUCGACAAAAAUCCGCCCACGUAUACGGAAAUUAAAAUAUCCCACAUGAAUCUAAAGCCGAUUCAGUUAGAAAACGGCGUGAUCUAUGAUCCUUCCGACGUAGUUAUAAUUAUACCAGAAGUGAGGAAAACCAAAACGUUGUUCGAAGCUGUUAAGGAUAAGACCGUCGAUCCUAAAACGGUUAAAGUUAAACAUCCAACUACCGGGAUUGAAUUAACAAUGAGCGAAGCAAUGCGUAAAAAUAUAAUUGAGGAAAGUAGUGGUUAUUACAAAGAUAAAUCUGGCAGGAGAAUCAGCUUCACAGACGCUGCCAAGUUUGGUAUAAUUACAGUUAACGGCAAACCGGUCGAGAAAGUAGAGAUCGAUAACAUACUGAAUCCCAAAACAAUGUCGCAGGCCUUCAUUGCAAAUGAGCAAAAGUCCGAUAACAAGGAUGUCGUUUACAUGAAUAAAAUUAUUCUGACCGAUCCCAGAUCGGGAAAAAUUUAUUUACCAGAAGAAGCUGCAGAGCAAGGAUUCAUUAAUAAAGAGGACGUCGAGAUUAUAAGAAAAGAAAUUCCAAAAUCAGCGAAUCAAACAUACACUGUAACCGAUCCGCAAACAGGGGAUAAAAUUAUGUUUAACAUUGGUGUAAUCAAUACUCAGCAAAUUCGUACAGAUAAAAUAACAACGCAUUAUGCAUCUUACCAGACCCUUAAAUUUCUCUUAAGAGAUCCAAAGACUGGUGAAGAUAUCGAUGUACAAACUGCUUUGGAUAGGGGCUUAUUAACACACGAGGAAUUUGAAAAGUUGAAAGAAAAUCCCACUGAGGCAAGGCAGAAAUCUACUGUUAUGGUUAUUAAUCCGACGACGGGCGAACAAAUUUCGGCAGAUGAAGCUGUCCUUCUUGGCUUUUUGACUAAAGAAGAGUUGCUGUCUAUGCAAGGUAGCUUAGGAACUAAGAACGUCAUUAAAAGUGGCUUUACUACGCAAGAAACAAUGAAAUUCGAGACUAAGAAGGCUACUCAAGACGAGAUUAGGACUAAAGUAUCGAGGAUAGAUAUUUACAUUUCAAAUCCUAAAACGGGCGAAAGAAUGCUCGCAGAAGAAGCUGUGAAAAUAGGAUUAAUUUCUCAAGAACAAUUGGAGAAAAUGAAAUCUGAACAAUCGAACAUCACAGAAAAUGUAAUUAAGAGGACGGAAAUUAUGUUAGCCGAUCCAAAAACCGGAAAAUCGUAUCCGGCAGAGGAAGCUUUAGCUCUCGGUAUUAUCAAUGAAGAAGAAUAUACAAAAAUUGUUGGUAAUAAAGUGACUAAGUUAGAUAUUUAUAUCAUCAAUCCUAAAUCAGGCAAAAAAAUACUCGCGGAGGAAGCUGUGAAAAUUGGACUAAUUUCAGAAGAACAAUUAGAGAAAAUGAAAUCCGAACAAUCUAAUCUCACAGGAAAUGUAAUUAAGAGGACGGAAAUUAUAUUAACCGAUCCAAAAACCGGAAAAUCAUAUCCGGCAGAGGAAGCUUUAGCUCUCGGUAUCAUAAACGAAGAUGAAUAUCAAAAAAUUGUUGGUAAUAAAGUGACUAGGUUAGAUAUUUACAUAAUCAAUCCUAAAACAGGUGAGAAAAUACUCGCGGAGGAAGCUCUAAAAAUGGGAUUAAUAUCACUAGAACAAUUAGAGAAAAUGAAAACGGAACAAUCUCAACUUUCAGAUAAUAUAAUUGAAAGGACUGAAAUAAUGAUAACCCAUCCAAAAACUGGAAAAUCGUAUCCGGCAGAGGAAGCUUUAUCUCUUGGUAUUAUCGAUGAAGAAAAAUAUCAGAAAAUUAUUGGUAAUAAAGUGACUAGAUUAGAUAUUUACAUCAUCAACCCUAAAACGGGUGAAAAAAUACUCGUGGAGGAAGCUGUAAAAAUGGGAUUAAUUUCUGAAGAACAAUUAGAGAAAAUGAAAUCAGAACAACCUAAACCUGUUGAAAAGUUAAUUAAUUGGACUGGCAUAAUGAUAACCGAUCCAAAAACCGGAACAUCUUAUCAGGUAGAGGAAGCUCUAUCUCUUGGUAUUAUUAGUUAUGAAGAAUAUCAGCGAAUUAUUGGUAAAUCUUCAUUAAAAAUAACUGAUCCUAAAUCAGGUAUUUCGAUGACUGUCGAAGAAGCACUCAGGAUUGGUUUAUUAACAAUUGGAGAUUACGAGGAAUUGAUGAAGAAGAACUUACCGAAACAACAGAUAACUAAUAUCACGGUAAUUGAUCCUACCACCGGCAAAGAUUUAUCACUUUCAGAAGCCGCUGGAAAGGAAUUAAUAACAGACGAAGUGCUGCAUGAUCUGAAAAUGCACGAGCACAAAAUUUUGAAGACGACUUCAUUUGAUGAUGUAUCCUUAGCUGAAAAGACUAGAUCAAGAAUUACUAUCGAACCAAAAUACGAAGUCUCCAUUGGUAGAGCUUCUUCUUUAAGUCCGGAAAGGGAGGUGAAGAAGGUCGUGUUACAGAAAUUGAGGAAGAAAAUUGUUCGACCGAAGGAUGCCUUGAAGAAAGGUCUAAUUGAUGUGCAAACUGCAGAUAUUUUGAACAAGGAAGAUAUUUUUGUAUCGCCGGAUGGCGAAGUUCUGAGUUUACAAGAGGCUCUGGAAUACAAUCACUUGGAUGGAAAUAAAGGGAAGAUAGUUGAUCCACAGAGAGGCGAUGUUUUAACAAUAAACGAAGCUAUGUACAGAGGCAUUUUGGAUCCGGACGGCGGAAAUGAAGUAUUGGUUCCUUUGAAUAAAAGUUUAACGGUGCCUGAACUCUUCGAUCAAGGUUUGAUAGAUCCUGAAACGAACAAAGUUGUGCAUCCAGAGACCGGAGCUAAUUUAACAUUAUCGCAAGCCAUUGAAUGCGAUAUUGUUGAUCCGUAUAGUAAUGUUAAUUUUAGCGGUAAGAAAAUUACUUUAUUCGAGGCACUAAAGAACGGUACGGUCGAUGAUGCCAGAGCGCUUGUCAUAACCAAGAACGGAAAUUUGGAUCUGCAAACGGCAGUACAGAAGCACAUGUUUGAUAACGUCAAAGGUAAUGAGAGUAUUCCACCAGCAGCAAUGACGUUCCCUAUAGCACUUAAACGUGGACAUAUUGACCUCAAGAAUAAGAAAUUCAUUCAUCCAACCACCGGAAAGCAAUUGAGUAUAGACAAAGCAAUUGAGGAUAAAUGCAUUAUGGUUUUACCAUUUGGACAGAGCGACGAAGGUGUUGCUUUGGAGAAGGCUUUGGAUAUGAAUCUGAUAAACGGAGAUAGUGGAACUUUCACUAAUCCAAAUAAUGGUGAAAUUUUACCUGUGAAACAAGCUGUAGAAAAAGGUUACCUUAUUAUUAAAAUGAGCGAUAAUGUUAAGAAUCCGCAUACCACAAUAACUAAAACAUCUACAUCCAAGCAUAUUGUCACGACAAGGUAUUUGGAAUUAUUAAAGGGAUAUGCCCUACUUAACACCACGGAAAUUCAAGAUUUACGUACUGGUGAAAUAAUGAGCUACGCUGUAGCUAAAGUCAGAGGUAUUAUUCUGAGCGACAAGGAAAAUAAAAAUUUCACCACUCUUAAGAAAGUUCAAAUGUCAUUCUCAGAUGCUCUCAAUAAGGGAUUGGUCGAUAUGAAUGCUGGAACAUACACCGAUCCACAUUCUGGUGAGACUAUGGAAAUCGGUGUUGCUAUUAAGGAAGGAAUCCUGGAAGCGGCUCCAACCGAAGAAGUUAUUGACGAUACUGUUAAAACAACAGAAUUAAACAUUGCACAAGCAUUCGAUCAAAUAUAUGAUGAAGAGAGUAACAAAUUCCAUGACCCUGCUAAUCCUAGUAAAUUGUUAACAUUUAAGGAAGCUUUAGAUAAAGACAUCAUAGAUCCACUAUCGAUGAUCUACGAUGUUACCGCUCAGAAACCAAUAACCAUAAAAGAAGCUAUGAAUGAGGGUUUGAUUGAUUCGAAAUCUGGAAAAAUUAAAGAAGAGAAAACCGGAAAAAGUGUUGAUUUUAAGAAAGCUGCAAAAAUGGGCUUGAUUGCUGUUAUUGGUGGAAUAGCUGCUCCUAUUGUAGCACCAGUUGUUGCAGGAGCAGCUGUUGCGAAAGCAGUGAAAAGUAAGUUUGCUAACAAGACGCCCGUAGAUCGUGGAGAUAUUAAGAUGCAAUCCGAUGAUUUCAUCAAUGCAGAGAAGGUAGAUACUGCACAAAAAGUAGUGAAACCUAAAAGCGAUUUACCAACUAAAGAGGAUGCUAUCAAUAAACCUGUUGCAGUGGUUAAAGACAAAGUUAGUGAAUAUAAGAUCCCAACAACAAGAGUUGACUAUAAAACUAGCUCAGAAACUAAAAUCGACAAUUCCAACUUAGUGACUAAAGACACAAUUAACAAAUAUGUGACAGAAACUGAAUUUACUAUAUCUACAAAGCAUAAUGAUCAAGAUAUUAGUAAGAUUUCAAAAUCAGAUAACAAGAAUCAAUUUACAGAAUCUGAAAUAACUCAAAGGAAAGAUGUACAAAUUGUUGAUUCAAAUAUUGUAGAAGAAACAACUUUCGUUAGUGAUGUACAAUUAGAUAACGUAAAAAUCAUUAAAGAAAAGCCAACCGAAUAUAAAAAGGAACCUGUCGGUAGUCUGGAUAAAAACGUAACUAUCAAACCAUAUGAUGAGGAUUCACAUACAUCAAUUGCCGAAGAAACUAUGAAAGUGAAUGUUGAAGAAAUGAUUCAAAUUUACGAAGAUAAGAAACAGCCAAUUGAACAAAAACGUCCAGAAGAAGUUGUGCUCAGACCUACUGAACCUACUAAUAGGCCUAUUAGUGCGAAGUCAGUUGAUAAAGAUACACUUAAAGAAAUUGCAGUCUCUGAUUCUAAGAAGCCAUUGGAUGAAAAGAAGCCUAGCCAUCCGGAAGAAAAGAAAACACCAAUUGGAGAUAAAAAGCUUGAUGAAAAGCCACGCCAAGAUGAUAAAUAUAGUAUUUCCAAACUUGUAAUGGGGGAAAUUGAAAAAAUAGUCCCACUUGGUGAGAAGCCAGAAGAAAAAAAGAAACCUACUGAGGAUAUUAAGAAAGUACUUGAUAAGAAAACUCCGGAAAAAGUCUCAAAGAAAAAGACAACAGCAGAUAUUAAACCUCAUGAUAAAAUGCCAAGUGAAGUUAGUAAAUCUCCAGAACAUAAAACUAAACAUUUUGAUGAUUUUAUCCAAAUUGAAAAGAUGGAAAUGGAAAAAGAUAAGUUAAUUAUAGUAGAUACUAAAAUACCCGAAGACAGUAAAUCUUACGAAACUGUAACGAAGACUACUGUAACGAAAACGGUCGUAUCAUUGCCAAGUGAAGAAUCUAAGGUGAUAGAAAGUAAUACUGAACCAAGUGAUGAAAUUAUUGUUAGUAAGCAACCUACAGAUGAUAUUAAGAAAACUGGCACACCAAGCAAACCAUCGAAAAUCGUUAAGGAUGAAAAGGCCAACACUAAGGAGAUUCCAAAAGAUGAAGAUGUAUUUUCAGAACCCGACGAACCAUCAAGCCAAGAAGAAAAAUCUUUCUUCCAGAAGUUUAUGCAAAAAAUUCCUGGAAUAUCUUCCAAAGGAAAGAAGAAAAAACCGAAAACUAAAAGCGAAACAAGCGAUCAAACUUCAGCUAUUGAAACUACUAGUAAAUUUUUAGUUGAAGAGACGAAAGAAAUAAUUGUAAAACACGAGAAAAAGGAGCCUAAACCCAUCGAAGAAGUAUCACCUAGCACAGAUGAAGCAUCCCCCAAUGAAGAAAAUAUUAAAACCACUAAAAAAUCUAAAAGAAAUAAGAAGAAAAAAUCUAAAAACGUGGACGAAACUUCUGAAACGAAAACUUCAACUGUUGAACAUAAACCGGAAAAUGACGGCUUUGUAAUUAUUGAUUACGAGAAAGAAAAACUGGCUCGUCCGAAAUAUUUGAAGACUGAGGAUAAAACUGUUCCCGCUGAAUUAAAUUCAGUUAAAAAACCUAAGGGAAGCGAAGUUUCGUAUGCUGAAAAGGUAAAACAUGUAACAAAAUCUGAAAUUUCUGAGGACAAAAUUAAAUUGAACGAUCAAAAAACAUCAAAGAUUGUUGUGGAAGAACAAAAAACACUUAAAGUUACUAUUGCCGAUGGAACUGUAUUGCAUGAAAAACCAUCAGAUUCUGAGAAGACACCUGAGAAACUUAACACAAUUUCUCAAAUACCAACAAAAGAUGAAUUCAAACCUGAAACUUCUAAAUCACUUCCAAAAGAAGAUAAAUCUCAAGAUUAUAAUGUUUCCGAAGAAGAAACUAAAUCGGUAAAGGUAACAAUUAUUGAUGAAACAAUAGUAAGUACAAUGGGCAAAAAACCUGUAGAUAUUAAAAAGCAGCAAAUUUCUGAUAUACUGAAAAAAGAAAAGUUAGAUCCCUUUGAAGAAAAACCUAUAGAUAAAACAGUACAGGAAAUUUCAACGAAAACAGUAGAUAAAGAUGAAUCAUCAGUGGACCUAUUGAAACAUCCAAGUGAUGAUGCUCAUACUGACAAAAAGCAAAAAACCAAAAAAGAGAAGAAACAAAAACCAGAGGAUCAGAUAUCGGUUAAAGAAACUGAAGAAAAGCAAAAAACUGUAAGGGUAACUGUUAUUGAAGAACCUUCGAUUAGUGUUCCCGAUAUUCCAGACAAAUCAUUUAAAAUUGAAAAACCUGAAAUUAAAAAACCUGAGGAAACACUUGAAAUUAAACCACACGAUAAAAAACCAUCCAAUAAAUCUAAGAAAGAAACAAAAUCUAUGCCACAAGAUCAAAAACAUCUCAAGGAAUCUGUGAAUAUGCCAGAAAUAGAGAAUAUCACUUUACUUGAAGAAUCAACAGUUAUUUUGAAACAACAAGAGAAAACUAAAUCUCAUGAUCAGAAACCAUCGAAGAAAAUUCAGCCAAAAGUAGUUGAAGACAUACCAACUGAGUCAUCACAGGAACCAACAGUCGAAAAGAAGAAUAUAGUUGAUAAGGAAGUUACAGAAGUUAAAAAAACUAAAGUUACUUACGACUUUAUACAAAACGAAAAGAUGGAAAUAGAAAAGGAUCUUUUAAGAGCCAGCGAAAAUAAAAUGCCAAAAGUAGUGGAUGACGUCAACACUGAUGAUAAGCCUAGUGAAAAAGUAGAUGAACCAACUGUUACAGAGAAACCUAAAUCAUCUGAGAAAUCCAAGAAAGAGAAGAAAACGAAGUCUAAAGACAAGAAAUUAUCAAAGGAUAUAGUGGAAGAAGCAGUCACUGAGAAGGUAACAUUGAUUGAGGAUUCUACAAUUAUUGUCAGCCAUGAGGAGAAAUCUAAAUUACAGGAUCCAAGUCAAGAGAAAGAAAAAGAACCAAAAUCUGAAAAGCUCAACAUUAUAGAAGUUCCAUCAACUGAAGUUUUAGAGGAACCAAAGGUUUUAGAACAAACCAAAAUUACAGAGAAACAUAAGAAAGAAAAGAAACCUAACUCAAAAGAUCAGAAAUUACCUAAGGAUGUUACGGAAAAAUCAGUUACUGAUAAUGUAACUUUAGUUGAACAAUCUACAAUUAUUAUCAAACAAGAGGAGAAACCCAAACCGCAUCCAAGAAAAAUGCCAAUUAAAAUAUCAGAGGUCCCGACUGUUGUAGAAAAACCUGAUAUUUCUGAGAAACCCAAGAAAGAGAAGGAACCUAAAGAUCAGAAACUACCGACUGAUAUUCCUAAUAAGGCAGAAAUUGAGAAAGUAAUAUUAGUUGAAGAAUCUUCAAUUAUUGUUAACGAGGAAGAGAAACCUAAAACCCACGAAGCAAGUCAAUUAGAAAAACAAACACCAACAAAUCUUAACAUAGUUGAAGAUUCAUCAGAGAAAACGACAGUUACAGAUAAACCUAAAACUUCUGGCGAACCCAAGAAAGAGAAGAAAACUAAAUCUAAAGAUAAGGAAAUUACACAAGUUGAAGAUGUAGUUUCAGAACCUGAGAAACAGUCCAAACCAGAAGAAAAAUCUUUCUUCCAGAAGUUUAUGCAGAAAAUCCCUGGUAUGUCUUCGAAGCAAGUCACAGAAAAGCCAAUCAAGGAAAAUGUAACAAUAGUUAAAGAAUCGACUAUUAUCAACCAAGAGGAGAAACCUAAACCUGAUAUCGAAGAAAAUCAAUCAACUGUUGAAGAAUUUGUUUGUAAGAAGCCAGAAUAUAAACAUGAUCCUUCCAAGGAUAUUGAAAAUAUAGUUGAUAAAGAAAUUCCAGUAAAAAUCUCACCUAGUUUAGAUUAUAAACUUCAUGAUAAAAAAACCAUUGAAGAUCAUACAACUAAAUAUACGAAUGACUUUAUCCAAAUGGAAAAGAUGGAAAUAGAAAAGGAUAAGUUCAGUGCCGGCGAAAAUAAAAUGCCAAAACUAGAGAAUAUUCUUAUAACUGAAAAUAAACCUGCUGAAAAACCAGAUGAACUGGCAAUUGCAGAAAAACCUAAAUCUUCUGAGAAACCCAAGAAAGAGAAGAAACCGAAAUCUAAAGAUCAGAAAUUACCAGAGGAUAUUAAGGAAAAAACAGUUACCGAUAAUGUAACAUUUGUUGAAGAAUCUACAGUUAUUGUCAAACAAGAGGAGAAAUCCGAACCGCACAUUCCAAGAGAAAUGAAAGAACAUCAACAGAGAACAGAAAAUACUGUCCUCGUAGAUGACGUAUCAACCAAAAUCUCAGAUGUACCAACAGUUACUGAAGAACCUAAACCUUCUGAGAAGACCAAGACAGAGAAGAAACCCAAAUCUAAAGAUCAGAAUUUACCCAAGGAUGUUACAGAAAAACCAGUCACUGGUAACGUGACAUUCGUAGAAGAAUCUACAGUUAUUGUCAAACAAGAGGAGAAACCCAAACCACACAUUCCAAAAGAAAUGAAAGAACAUCAACCAAGAACAGAAAAGUCUGUCAUCGUAGAUGAUGUAUUAACCAAAAUCACAGAUAUACCAACAGUUAGUGAAGAACCUAAAACUUCUGAGAAGCCCAAGAAAGAUAAGAAACCGAAAUCUAAAGAUCAGAAUUUAACCAAGGAUAUUACAGAAAAACCACUCACUGGUAACGUAACAUUCGUUGAAGAAUCUACAGUUAUUGUCAAACAAGAGGAGAAACCCAAACCGCAACAUCAGAAAGAAAUUGUAGUAGUUGUUCCAACUAAAAUAUCAGAGGUAUCAAUAGUUACCGAAGAACCUAAAACUUCUGAAAAGUCAAAGAAAGAGAAAAAACCCAAAUCUAAAGAUCAAAAAUUCUCCACUGAUAUUCCUGUCAAGACAGAAGUUAACAUGGAUUUUAUCCAAAUGGAAAGGAAGGAAAUAGAAAAGAAUAAGUUUAGUAUCGAAGAAAAUAAAAUGCCUAAACUGGAGGAUGUUCUCACAACUAAAGGAAAACCUACUGAAAAACCAGAUGAUCUCGAAUCUUCCGAAAAACCCAAGAAAGAGGAGCCAUUAAAAUCUAAAGACCAGAAAUUACCAAAGGAUAUUACGGAAAAGCCAGUUAGUGAGAAUGUAUCAUUAGUUAAGGAAUCUACAGUUAUCGACAACAAGAAACCUAAACAAGAUUCAAGUCCAGUGAAAGAGAAAGAACCAAUAUCCGAACAGCCUGUGCUCGUAGAAGAUGUUUCAACUGAAGAAACCAAGAAACGAACAGAGAAACCAACAAUUAUUGAGAAACCUAAAAGAGAGAAAAAAUCUAAUGAUCGGGAAACUAAGGAUGUUACAGUUACUGGGAAUGUAACAUUUGUUGAAGAAUCUACUAUUAUUAUCAGCCAAGAGGAAAAACCUAAAUCACAUGAUCCAAAUCAAUUAAAAGAAAAUAUGCCAAAAACUGAUGAGUAUGUUACUGUAGAAGAUGUAUCAACGAAAGUGUCAGAAAUUGACAAAAAGUACAAGAAAGAUAAGAAACCAAAAUCUAAAAAUCAGAAAUUACCAAAGGAUGUUACGGAAAAAAUAGCAAUAGAUAAUGUAACAUUAGUUGAAAAAUCUACAAUUAUAGUCAAAGAAGAGAAGGAAGAUGUACCAACUAAAAUAUCAGAGGUCCCGAUUAUUGGAGAAAAACCAAUUUCUGAGAAGUUACGCAAGGAUGUUGCGGAAAAACCCGUCGCUAGUAAUGUAUUACUUGAAGAAUCUACAUUUAUUAUUAAGCUAGAGGAGAAAGAAGAUGUUUCGACUAAAGUCUCAGAAGAACCAAUAAUUACUGAAAAACCUAGUGACAAACCCAAGAAAGAGAAGAAACCCAAAUGUGAUGAUCAGAAAUUACCUACUUAUAUUCAUAACAAGACACAAAUUAACAUGGACUUUAUCCAAAUGGAAAAGAUGGAAACAGAAAAGAAUAAGUUUAGUGUCGAGGAAAAUAAAAUGCAAAAACUGGAGGAUGUUCUCAUACUUGAAGAUAAACCAACGGAAAUAACAGAGAAACCGACAGUUACAGAUGAACCCAAAACAUCUGAGAAGCCUAAGAAAGAGAAGAAACAUAAAGGACAGAAGCUACCCAAGGAUGUUACAGAAAAACUAGUUACCGGUAGUGUAACACUAGUCGAAGAAUCUACAAAUAUUAUCAAACAAGAGGAAAAACCUAAACCACAAGAUUCAAGUAAAUUAUCAGGAAGUAAACCAAAAUCUAAAGAGCCUGUUUUGGUAGAAGAUAUAUCUACUGAAAUAUCAAAGGAAUCAAUUGUUACAGGAAGUCUUAAAACUUCUGAUAUACCUGAAAAGGAAACGAUACCGAAAUCUAAAGAUCAAAAAUUACCUGAAGAUGUUACAGAUAAAACAGUUAGUACGAAUGUAAUAUUAAGUGAACAAUCUACAACUAUUGCCAAAAAAGAGGAGAAACCCAAACCACACGAGUCGAAGGAAAUAAAAGAACAUGAACCAACAAUAGAAAAGCCUGUUAUUAUAGAAGAUGUAUCAACUGAAGUCUCAGAAGAACCAGUAAUUAAAGAAAAACCUAGCGAUUCUGACAAAUCCAAGAAAGAGAAGAAACCCAAAUAUGAUGAUCACAAAUUACCUACUGAUGUUCCUAACCAGACACAAAUUAACAUAGACUUUAUUCAAAUGGAAAAAGUGGAAAUAGAAAACAAUAAGUUUAGUGUUGAGGAAAAGAAAAUGACAAAACUGGAGGAUGAUAAACCAACAGAAAUACCAGAGAAACUGACAGUUACAGAAGAUCUUAAAACAUCUAAGAAGCCCAAGAAAGAGAAGAAACCUAAAGGACAGAAGUUACCUAGGGAUGUAAUUGAAAAACCAGUUACCGGUAGUGUAAAAUUAGUUGAAGAAUCUACAAUUAUUGUCAAACAAGAGGAAAAACCUAAAUCAGAAGAUUCAAGUAAAUUGCCUGAAAGUGAACAUAUAUCGAAAAAGCCUGUCAUGGUAGAAGAAGUAUCUAUUGAAAUACCAAAGGAACCAACUAUUACAAGAAGACCUAAAACAUCUGAUAAACCUGAGAAGGAAAAGAUACCAAAGGCUAAAGAUCAGGAAUUACCUGAAGAUGUUACGGACAAAACAGUCACUAUGAAGGUAACAUUGAUUGAAGAAUUUAAAACUAUUGCCAAACAAGAGGAGAAACCAAAACUUCACGAUUCGAAGGAAAUAAACCAACAUGAACCAACAAUAGAAAAGCCUGUUAUUAUAGAAGAAGUUUCAACUAAAGUCUCAGAAGAACCAAUAAUUACAGAAGAACCUAGCGAUUCUAACAAAUCAAAGAAAAAGAAAAAACCCAAAUAUGAUGAUCAGAAAUUACCUACUGAUGUUCCUAACCAGACACAAAUUAACAUUGACUUUAUUCAAAUGGAAAAAGCGGAAAUAGAAAAGAAUAAGUUUAGUGUUGAGGAAAAGAAAAUGACAAAACUGGAGGAUGAUAAACCAACAGAAAUACCAGAGAAAAUGACAGUUACAGAAGAACCUAAAACAUCAGAGAAGCCGAAGAAAGAUAAGAAACCUAAAGAACAAAAAUUACCCAAGGUUGUAACUGAAAAACCAGUUACCGGUAGUGUAACAUUAGUUGAAGAAUCUACAAUUAUUGUCAAAAAAGAGGAAAAACCUAAAUCAGAAGAUUCCAGUAAAUUGUCUGAAAGUGAACAUAUAUCAAAAAAGCCAGUCAUGGUAGAAGAAGUAUCUACUGAAAUACCAAAGGAAUCAACUGUUACAGGAAGACCUAAAACAUCUGAUAAACCUGAGAAGGAAAAUAUACCAAAAGCUAAAGAUCAGGAAUUACCUGAAGAUGUUACUGACAAAACAGUUACUACGAAGGUAACGUUAAUUGAAGAAUUUAAAACUAUUGUCAAACAAGAGGAGAAACCGAAACUGCAAGAUUCGAAGGCAAUAAACCAGCAUGAACCAACAAUAGAAAAGUCAGUUAUUAUAGAAGAUGUUUCAACUAAAGUCUCAGAAGAACCAAUAAUUACAGAAAAACCUAGCGAUUCUGAUACACCCAAAAAAGAGAAGAAACCCAUAUAUGAUGAUCACAAAUUACCUGCAGAUAUUCCUAAUAAAGCACACAUUAAUAUGGACUUUAUACAAAUGGAAAAGACGGAAAUAGAAAAGAAUGUGUUUAGUGUUGAGGAAAAUAAAAUGCCAAAACUGGAGGAUGAUAAAUCAACAAAAAUACCAGAAAAACCGACAGUUACAGAAGAACCUAGAACAUCUGGGAAACCCAAGGAGAAGAAACCUAAAGGACAGAAGUUACCAAAGGAUGUAACAGAAAAACCAGUUACCGGUAGUGUAACAUUAUUUGCAGAAUCUACUAUUAUUGUCAAACGAGAUGAGGAACCUAAAACACAAGAUUCAAGUAAAUUGUCAGAAAAUGAACCAAAAUCGAAAAAGCCUGUCAUUGAAGAAGUACUAACUGAAAUGUCAAAGGAACCAACUGAUACUAAGAAAUUACCUAAGGAUAUUGCGGAGAAACUGGUUACUGGUAGUGUAACAUUGGUCGAAGAAUCUACAAUUAGUUUCAAACAAGAAGACAAACCUAAACCACAAGAUGCAAGUCAAUUAACAGAUAGUGAACCAAAAUCGAAAAAACCUGUCAUCGCAGAAGAACUACUAACUGAAAUCUCAAAAGAACCGACCGUUAUAGAAAAACCUAAAACUUCUGAUAAACUUGAGAAGGAAAAGAAACCUAAAUCUAAGGAUACAAAAUUAUCCAAGGAUGUUAUGGAAAUACCAUUCACUGAUAAUCUAACAUUAGUUGAAGAAUCUACAAUUAUUGUUAAAGAAGAGAAACCUAAAGACAUAAGUCAAGUAAAAGAACAAGAACCAGAAUCUGUAAAGUCUGUCAUCAUAGCAAACAAACCUAAAACUCCUGAGAAGCCAGAUAAACUUAAAGUUAAGGAUCAGAAAUUACCGACUGAAAAGACAGAAGUUAACAUGGACUUUAUUCAAAUGGAAAAGAUGGAAAUAGAAAAGGAUACGUUUACUGUCGAGGAAGAUAAACAGCCUAGACUGGCGGAUGUUCUUAAAUCUGUAGAUAAACCUACUGAAAAACCAACAGUUGCAGAGAAACCAAAAACUUCUGAGAAACCAAAGAAGGAAAAUAAACCUAAAUCUAAGGAUCAGAAAGAUAAGGAGGUUACUGAAAUUUCAGUUACUGAUACUGAAGCAUUAGUUGAAGAAUCUACAAAUAUUGUUAAGCGAGAGGAGAAACUUAAACCACAAAAUCAAAGUCAAAUAAAAGAACAAGAGCCACAUUCUGAAAAGUCUGUCAUCGUAGCAGACAAACCUAAAAGUUCAGAGAAACCUGAGAAGGAAAAGAAAACUAAAUUGAAAGAUCAGAAAUUACCCACAGAUGUUAUGGAUAAAACAAUCUCAGAGAAGCCAAUCAUCAUAGAAGAAUUAAUAUCUGAAGUUUCAGAUAAACCUAAAACCCAUAAGAAUCAAAUCACCCUACCCGAUGCUGUUUACGAAGGAUAUUAUAAUCCGCAAAAUGGAUUCAUUGUUAACCCCGAGAAUAACAAUACAUUAACUACUGAAAUGGCUAUUAAUGUGGGAUUACUUGAUACUUCCAAUACAUUAGUCAAUGAUCACGAACAUUAUAUAAACUUCGAGCAAGCUGUUAAGGAGCGAAAAAUUAAUACCGAAGAAGGUCUUGUGGUAUUUGAAGGAGAACCUGUCAUUGAUUUCAAAGAAGCCUUUGAGAUGGGCAUAUUGUUUGAAGCUGUGUCUCCUUUAUCUUUAACUGAUGCCUUGGUAUACAUCUUUAAUCAAGAGACAUUAACUUUCCUUUGUCCUAGAUCUGGUCUGCAUCUCACAUUAAUUCAAGCUAUUGAAAUGCAAUUAAUCGAAGUUAAAUCAGUUUACAUCAUUAAUUCAGGUGUUAGAGUCAAAUUAUUAGAUGCAAUUAAGUCUGGUCUUGUUGAUGGUACUACUGGAAAUAUUAAUGAUUAUUCAUCUGGCAAAUUAACGGUGGUUUCUCUGAAAGAAGCAUUUAGCGAAGGCUUGAUUAUCGAUGAUCAUGCAUCUAUAUCUUUGCAAAGAUCCAUUCAUAAUGGCUUAUACAACGAAGAUUCUGGAAAAUUAUUGGAUGAAUCUACAAAUCGUAUGAUUACACUUCACGAUUCCAUACGAAAACAUUUGAUUAAUCCUUUGUUACCAUGCUAUUUCGACAAAAAAACUAAGAAAUUGUUUAGUCUUAAAGAAUCGUGCGUAUUGGGCGUAGUUGAUAAAUAUACUGGAACAUUGAAGAAACCAAAUAGCUCCAAGAAAAUGCCAUUAAGUGAAGCAAUGAAACAAGGAUUAAUCGUUGACAUAGAAACAUGCGAUUUUAGUUUGUACGAUCUAUUAGAGAUGAGUCUUAUUGAAAAUAAUAUGCUAAUACAUCCAGCUACAAAUAUUAAAUGUACAUUAAACGAGGCAUUAAGUAAUGACUUAAUAAAUCCGAAUACUACGAUUAUUAAACACAUCCAAAGUAAGAAAUUUGUUUUGCUCGCAGAUGCUAUUAAAGAUAAUUUGAUUAACGGCGAAACAAAUCAAUAUAAUUUACCGAACGGCAAGAAAUUGAAUUUAUUAGAAGCUAAAAAUAGCUGUCUAAUCGUUACACCACACAAAUUGUUGACUAUAGAAGAGGCUGUUAAUAAUGGUUUAUACCAACCUGAGUCUGGAACAUUCGUUGAUCCAACACAGAAUGAAUUGUUCAAGUUAAAGUACGCAUUAGAAAACAAUCUGAUAGACUCAAGCACAACCGGAUUAAAAGAAGUCGAUGGUUCUAUAAAACCAUUAUGUCUAGCAAUAACUGAUGGAGAUAUCGAUGUUGAGACAAGCCGUGUUCGAGAUCCGACCACUAGAAAUACAUAUACCAUUGAUACGGCGAUCCGUGAAGGCAUUUUGGUUACCCUGGAUGAACCAUUGACUGUACAAAAUGUAGCCAUAACGAAACCUAAACUAAAUAUCAGACAAUGCACUUUAGAAGAAGCAAUCAAAUAUGAUCUCCUCGAUGUAAACAAUGCUGUUGUUAAAAAUAGCAAUACUGGAGAAUUCAACACCUUAGCUUCAUUUAUCGCAGACGAUACUAUGAAUAUGGAUAAGACAAUUUCCUUCGAACCAAGUGGAAAAGUAAAAUCCUUGAUUGCACUUUAUGAUCAAGUUGUUGUUAUCUAUAUCAGAAAACCUAUGAGCUUUGAUGCUGCUUUAGAUAACGAGUAUUUAGAUAUAACUACCGGUAAAUUUACCGAUCCACAGACUAACGAUGUAUUGACGUUGAAAGAAUCAAUAACCUUAGGAUAUAUUGAUUCCGAUACGGCAUUGGUCAAGGAUACAAAAACGAAGAAACUCUUGAAGUUACCAGAAUGUUUCCGCAAAGGUCUCGUUGAUGCAGAGAAAGGAAAUAUAUUAGAUAGCGCCACUUCUAAGCUUUAUCAAUUACCAAAAGCUAUUGAUAAAGGUCUGCUAUUAACGCCUAAGAAGAAGUUUGCUUUGAUUGAUGCCAUCGAAUACGGUGUGUACAAUCCAAAGACUGGUAGUUUUGUCAGUCCAUUCGAGGAUACAAAGAAAAAGAACGAAUUGACCUUACACGACGCGAUUGAACAUCAAUUAAUCGAUCCGAGCAGCACUGUCAUUAAGGACCUAGAAAGUGGGAACAUGAUGCAACUCACGGAAGCAGUUCAGAAAUAUGUUGUGGAUGGAAACGAAGGUCGCAUUUCUUAUAAGAAUGAUAAAACUAUUGAUUUUAGUAUAGCUUUGGACAAAGGAUUGAUUAAGGCUGCAGACGAAAGGCAAGCCGUCGAAGGAAAAUACAAGUUGUGCGACGAAACUCUGUCAAAGUUGCUGCAAUGGAUACAGCAAGUAGAAGAAAACAUUGGCAAAGGGUCUACCGUUUUCGACACGGAUGAACAAAUUAUAAACCAGAUUGAACAUACUCAACAACUCAUAGAGGAUAUUAAGAAACAUUCUGAUCCGAUCAUGGAAUGUUUAGAAAUGGUGCGUCAUGUACUUACAAUGAGCGAUGUGCUCUCCAAGACAGAAAUCACUAAUAUCGAAAAGAAUUCCAAGGACUUGAAAACUCGCUACGCGAAGGUUUGCGAUUGCACUGAGAAGCUAAUUAAAUAUUUGCUGGCAAUCAAGGAGGAAUUACAAAAACUCAAAUUGGAUGUUGCCGACUUUUCGACAUGGUUAGAUAACGCACAAAUCAUUCUCGAAAGUAAAGAUAAAGCGUUGAGUCAACUACAGACUUUGGAUUCAAGUGUUGAGAGUACGAGAGAAUUUGUAUCUGAUGUGAUUUCUCAUCAGGCAGAUCUCAGAUUUAUUAUUUUGUCUGACCAAAAAUUCUCAGAGGAAUGUAGGAAUUAUCUAACCCUACUUAAAGAUUUUAUAUCUAGCUCAUCGAUUGCAAAACCUGAAAUACACAAUCAAGUUACUGUGAUUGCCGAUCAAUAUAAGGAGACUCUACAUCGGGUCAACAUGCUUUCAGAUAGUUUAACAAUAAUAGGCAGCAAGCAUAAAUCAUAUAAUGAUUCUUUAGAUAAAGCCAGAGACUGGUUGAACCAUAUAGGAGGUUCUGUCGAAAAAAUACUCAGUGAACCGAUCGGUGGUGAUUCGAGGAUGGUCGAAGAACAACUUCAAGCUGCUAAGAUCCUGAACAAUGAAUUUGUUGGUAACGGAAGACUUAUCGAUAAUGCGAAACAGAAUUACAGUACGCUGUUGCAUUCAUUGGAGGAUAAAAUGAGCCCUGUCGAUAUUACAACUAUCGAGGAACCCAUCAUCGAAUUAGAUAAAAAGUUCCAGGAACUCAAGGUUGCUCUUGGAGAACGCUGUCAAGAUCUUGAUUCUGCAUUGGUUCAAUCGCAAGGAGUCGAAGAAGCUUUGGACAAUAUCACAGCAUGGAUUAAUACAGCAGAAGUCGAGUUCAAGGGUAUCAAUGGGCAAGCUUCAUUAAUCAAGCAACGUCUAGAAGAUCAGAUUCGCGAUCACGAAGUGUACCAAGCCGAUGUUGAUACGCAUGUAGCUUCAAUGGAUUCGAUAUAUAUGUCUGCAAGUGAGUUAAUUUCAUGUGCCAAUAAUGCUAGAGCAGCUAAGAAAAUCCAAGAUAAACUGGACAACGCCAGGAACAAAUUCGAGAAAUUAUUAGAUCGCAGUGAACAACGUGGCGAAGUCCUUAAAGAUAUCUAUAAACGGCUCGCAGCAUUUAACUUGCUAGCUGAUGAAUUCAACAAAUGGUAUGAUAAUACGUGCGAAGAGCAGGACUCUAAGAUGGACGUAGAAAAGAUUAAAGAAAAUCGUGAAAGCAGACGGCCAUUGUUUGAUGAAGUCAUGCAAGCUGGAAAAGAUUUGUUGAAUACUCGGGAUAUUGCAGAUAUGGCCCCAGUUAAAGAAGAAAUGAAAUCAAUUGAAAUGAAAUGGAACGAAUUAAAUAGUAUAUUGGACGAGAAGCAGAAUUUGUUCCAGCAACGCACAGUGUAUUUGAACACCUACGAAACGUUGGUUGAAGAAAUCAGUAAUAAGUUAAAUCAAUUGGAGGCUGAAGUCAAGAAUUUGGAUGAUGUCGCUCUUGAUCUACCUACGCUCAAAAAGCAACGUGAGGAACUACAACCGAUUGUUAAAGAACAUAAAGAUUUCUUAGUCAAAGUGCAGAAGCUUAACGAAACCGGAAGUCUAUAUGACAAUGUAUCGCGUCCGGAUGCAUCCAGCAAGAAACCGAAAUCUUCAGCAAGUCCUGCGAGGCGACCUUCUCAAACAGCUAGACUACCAUCUCCCGCUAAGGGUAUUAGUCCGCUUUCCACCGGUGAAUCAAGUGGUUUCUCUUCACGCCGCUCAAGUCAAGAUGGUUCGGAAGAGACCAGUCCUAUGCAACUGAAACUUAUACAAAUAACCGAUUAUUAUACACUUAUUGGUAUAAAAAUUAAUGAGCGACGCAAUGAAAUCGAUUCAUCCAUCAUUGAAAUAACGAAACAGACCAAAAACUUGCAAAACUUAAACAAUUUCUUGAAGAACAUUGAAAAUAGAAUACCGAAAGACAUAAUUCCUGCAAACAAGGAAGCGUCCGAUAAGGCUUCAAAUGAAUUGAAACAAGUUCUCGACGAGUUUUACGAGAAACAAUCACUGCUGGAUUCCACGUCUUCUCAGGUGAAGGAUCUUGUCGUUCGUAAACCGAAUGUUAAUGGUGCUGAUAAUCUGAAUGAUGAACUGGAGGAAGUUGUUUCGAACUGGAAAAAACUAAACGAUUCUUGCAGUGACCGAAACAAAUUCAUCAACAGCCUGAAAAAGUUCGAAGAAACCUACAUUCUGUUGGCAACAUGGUUGAACUCUAAGGAUAAGAUGUUAACAGUGCUGGGCCCAAUCUCCAAUGAUCCACGUAUGGUGCAAUCCCAAUUCCAACAAGUUCAAGUCCUCAGGGAUGAAUUCCGCACCCAAGAACCGCAGUUGCAACAUUUAAUUGAUAUUGGUAAAUUGGUAUCCACAACUGCUGCCAAAAAAGAUCCAUCGAAUGGAAAGGAGAUCGAUGAUAAAUUGAAAAAGAUCCAAAGCUCGUGGGAUGAUCUUCUAGGUAAUUUAGAAGAACGUGCUAAAUCAUUGGGCGCCGCUGCAGAUACAGGACGUGAAUUUGAUGCACAACUUAUUCGUCUCCGUGAUGCUCUUCAGGCUAACUCCGAUUAUUUAGAUGAAAUUCCGUUGGAGAAGGAGACCGAAGACCAACUGAGUAAAAUUGAGAAUUUGGAUAGGCAGUUGCAAGGGCAACGAUCACUCCUGACAGAUCUAGAAUUAUCUGGCACUGAGUUAAGUAAGGUUCUCAGCGAUUCAGCAUCCAGAGCUGACAUACAAACUAAGUUAGCUGCAAUCGGAAGACAGUACAGUGCCUUGCAAAAGAAGUUGGACCACCAGAAAGCCGACAUCGAAAAUACAUUACGAGAUGGCAGAGAAUUCGAUAUGGCCUGCACUAAAACCAUCGGUUGGUUGCACGGUGAAUUGAAUUUAAUAUCAGACCAAUUACGGGUUUCUGGUAAUCGUGUGGUAUUGGAACAGCAAUUAGCACGGCACGAACCGAUUUACAAAGAUGUGGUAUCGCGUGAGCACGAGGUAAUUAUGCUCUUAAACAGGAGGCGUGAUUUAUUCGCACGUAAUAAUAAAUCGGAUUCCGCUAAACUUCAAGAGAAUCUCGAUAAAAUACAAAUGAAUUGGGAUAAGGUGCGCAAAGAAACCACAGAUAGACACAAUAGAUUGCAGACUUGCAUGGAACAAUGCAAAAAAUACUAUCGAGCGCAAGACAACUUUUCUCCAUUCGUCCAGCAAGCCGAGCAAAAAUUAAAAAGCUUAAUACCAUCCUCAUUGAAGAAGCAACACAUCGAGAAGCAACUGAAAGAUUUGCAAUCUUUCCGUAAUGACGUUUGGAAGAAAUCCGGAGAAUUCGAAAACGUGAAAUCUUUGGGAGAGUCGUUCAUCGCAUCCUGUGAUGUCGAUCAUGAAAUCGUCAACGAAGAAAUGAUCAAAUUAAAAUACAGCUGGGAACAAAUUAAUAACGACUUACUGCAACAAACUCAAACUCUUGAAGAUUUAGAUAAGAAGUUGGUUAGCUACAAUGAGAAUAUGAGAAAUUUGUUGCACAACUUGGAAAGGUGCGAGGAUAAGCUGGCUUCACAUGACGCGCUGAAUGUGGAUUCCAAGAAUCUUAAAUUGCUGAAUAUUAUUAAAGAUUUAGGCAGUGAAGUGAAGAAUUUAUAUAAGCCAUUUAAACACUGCAAAGUGCAAGCAGAAACGUUAUACAGUGAAGCAAAAGAAGUCGGAAUUGAAGAUAAUCAGUUCAUUGUAGAAGUUAAGAAUAUGGGUGAUCGCAUUGAGCAGCUGCAAGUUAAACUGGACAAACGUUACAACGAUUUAGAAUCGGCAGUUAAUGUAGCCACUCAAUUCAAUGAGCUCAUCAAAGAAAUAUCGAGUGGAAUUUCUCCAAUUGAAACCGAAGUGGAUUCGAUUAAACCUGCUGGAAGGGACGUGGAUACUGUGCGUAAUCAACUUGAAGAUACUUCCAAAAUAUCGAAACAAUUGAAAGACUUCCAAGACAGAUUAAUCCCGGUAUGCGAAAGCAUCAAGAAAAUGGAAGAAAGUGGAAUUUCUCCAAAUAGCGUUCACAUCAAACAAUUGGAUAAUCUUAAAAACCAGUCUUCUUUGCUGGAAGAUCGUCUAUCCGAAAAGGAGAAAGAACUUGGACUUACACUAACCAAAUUGGAAAACUUCUAUGUUAUUCUUUUGGCAAUAAGAAAUGAAACCAAAGAUGCAACCGAGGAAAUUUACAAGCUGCAACCGAUCGGCGUUGACGUCGAGAUUGUACGUGUUCAACAAUUGGACAUGCUUGGUUUUAGAGAAAAGAUUGUUGAUCCACUUGGUAAAAACGUCGAGGAAUGCAACAUGCUUGCUAAACACUUAAUACAAUCUACUGCUCCUGGUACCAGUACUCAUGUUCUGGAAGAUGAUAUCGAGAAGAUGAACGAUUCUUGGAACAAUCUAAAAGAAAUAGUUAAUGAACGUGAACGUAACCUAGAUUUGGUGUUAUUACAAACUGGUAAAUUCCAAGAAGCCUUAGAAGGACUUGAUAAAUGGUUAAGAGACACUGAAGAAAUGGUAAAUAACCAGAAACGACCAUCCGCCGAUUACAAAGUCGUCAAUGCUCAAUUGCAAGAGCAAAAGUUCCUCAAGAAAAUGCUUCUGGACAGACAAAAUUCUAUGUCUUCUUUAUAUAGCAUGCACAACGAAAUUGCUAAAGAGGCCGAUGCCUCGAAACGUAAAACUGUUGAGGAACAAUUCAAACUUUUGUUAGAAAGAUUCGACGCUCUUAGAACACGUGCCGAUAAACGUGCUGCUGAUUUAGAAAAGGCUAAAAUCAUUUCCAAAGACUUUGCUGAGAAAUAUGGUUUAAUUCAUGAUUGGUUGGAAUCUAAAGAAAAACAAUUGAAACAAAUGGAGGUUGUACCGUCCGAUGAAGAGAAAAUAUAUAACAUAAUUAAAACGCACAUCACCUUGCAUACUGAAAUUUUGGAUAAAAAACCUGAUUUUGAUAAAUUGAAUGAUACAGUUUCUAAUUUGUUAUUGUUGGUUGGAGAAGAGGAUGCAAAUAUCGUAAAAGACAAAUUGGAUUUUGUAAACCAAAAAUACAGUAAUUUGAUUGAAGACAGCAAUGAAAUUGGUAAAUUAUUAACUGAUUCUCAAAAAGCUCUUCAACAUUUGGUGCAUACAUACAACGAUCUAACGACAUGGAUGGAUUCAAUUGAAAAUCAAUUUGCCAAAUACAAAGUAUUGUCCGUUUAUAAUGAUAAACUUUUGGAGCAAAUCAAUGGAUUGAUCGUCUUGACCGAAAAUAUAGCAAGUCGUCAAAGUGAUGUUGAUGGAACAAUUGAUGCCGGCUUAAUUGUUAUGAAGCAUAUUUCAUCUGAAGAAGCGCUUCUACUAAAAGACAAAUUGGACUCGUUGCAAAGAAGAAGCAACGAGCUAACGAGCCGUGGAACGGAUGUACUUAAACACGCACAGGAAAUGUUACCAUUGGUAGAACAAUUCCAUAAUGAUCAUAACAAGAUGGUCAGUUGGAUGCAAGGCGCCGAAAAUGUCCUGCAAUCUGGAAAUCCACGCGAAGUGGACAUUGCCAGAUUAGAAAUAGAGUUGCUAGAAUUCCGAACUGUUCUUGAAUCUAUCAAUCUUGUCGGCCCGCAGUUGUGUCAAGCAAGUCCAGCAGAAAGUCCGGCUACUAUAGAAUCGUUAGUGACGAGGGACAAUAGAAGAUUCGAUGCCAUUUCCGAACAAAUCCAACGCCGCGCUGAGAGGAUUUAUCUUGCCAAGCAGCGUGCUUUAGAAGUAACCUCUGACAUUGAUGAGCUUUUGGAAUGGUUCCACGAAGUCGAAACUCAAAUUAACGAAGCUGAAAAACCAUCUGCUGAUACUGACACCAUUCGAAUUCAACUCAGAGAGCACAAAGCUCUUAAUGACGAUAUAUUAAGUCAGAAAAGUCGUGUGCGUGACGUUAUUUCCAGCGUUAAGAAGGUACUUCGCGAAUCGCCACCUAGCGAAGACAUGAACAAUAUCAGAGAGAAGAUGGAAGAUCUUAAGGAUAUAAUGGAUCUAGUAUCUUCUUUAAGCAGCGAUAGAUUAAGUAUAUUGGAGCAGUCCUUCCCACUAGCAGAACAUUUCCAUGAAACUUACGAAGUUCUAUCGACUUGGUUAAUCGAUAUAGAAGAACAGAUGACGAUGCUUUCUUCAGCCGCUCUACGGCCAGAUCUUAUUGCUCAGCUCCAAGAUAAAAAUAGCAAAUUCCUACAAUCUAUUAACGAUCAUAAACCGUUGGUGGAUAAAUUAAAUAAGACUGGAGAAUCAUUGGUGCGUUUAUGCAAUGAUGAAGACGGUAACAAAAUCACCGAGUUGAUGAAUAGACAUAAUGAAAGAUACGCUGCCUUGAAAUUGGAUGUUCGUCAAAGGCAAUUGGCUUUGGAGGAAGUUUUGCACGAGAAUGCUCAGUUUACUGAUAAACUAGAGGGUAUUCUAAGAGGUUUGACGAAUACUGCUGAACAGUGCAUCAAUCAGGAGCCAAUCUCUGCUCAUCCAGCUAAAAUCUAUGAUCAAAUUGAAGACAAUGAUAUAAUUGUUAACGAUUUGGAAAAACGCAAAGAAGCGUAUGCAGCCGUUAAACGGGCCGCCGACGAUGUUAUCAAUAAAGCAUCCAACAGAGCAGAUCCUGCCAUCAAGGAUAUUAAACAUAAGCUCGACAAUCUCAACAAUCUAUGGGAUAACAUCAGAAAGAACACCGAUAAUCGUCAAGAGUAUUUACUCAAUGCUUUGUCGACGGCUGAAGAAUUCUGGAGCGAAUUGCAUUCCGUUAUGGAUAAAUUGAAAACUCUGAAAAAUACAUUAACCUUGCAAGAACCACCAGCAGUUGAACCCGAUCUUCUGCAAAAGCAACAGGAAACGUUGCAAGUGAUCAGACAAGAAAUCAAUCAAACCAAACCUCAAGUGAAUCAAGUCAGAGAUUCGGGACACAAGUUAAUUCAACUUUGUGGAGAACAAGACAAACCCGAAGUUAAGAAGCACAUUGAUGAUCUGGACCACGUUUGGGACAACAUUACUGCCUUGUUCGCUAAGAGGGAAGAAAAUCUAAUAGAUGCUAUGGAAAAGUCCAUGAUAUUCCAUGACACCUUACACAAUCUUCUGGAAGUUCUGGAAAAUGCCGAAAUCAAGUUCAGCAGCAUGGGUCCUCUGGGAAUGGACAUUGAGUCCGUGAAGAAGCAAAUAGAGCAACUUAAGCUAUUCAAGUCUGAUAUUGAUCCUCACAUGGUCAAGGUGGAAGCUAUUAAUAGGCAAGCAAUAGAAUUGACAGAGAAUACUUCUGCGGAACAAGCAACAGGAAUUACGGAACCUCUGAUGGCUGUAAUAAGAAGAUGGGAUGAUCUGCUUGGAAAACUAUUGGAUCGUCAACGACAACUGGAAAACGCUUUGUUAACUUUAGGACAGUUCCAGCAUGCUCUUAAUGAAAUAUUAAUAUGGAUUAGCAAGACCGACGCUACACUAGAUAACCUAAAACCGGUUGCUGGUGAAUCCCAAAUUUUGGAAGUGGAAUUGGCCAAACUCAAAGUGUUAAUCAACGAUAUACAAGCGCAUCAAUCUAGCGUAGACACUUUGAACGAUGCCGGUAGAAGGAUUAUUGAGAGUGGUGAAGACGAGGCUUCUGUAACUCAGGACAAAUUGAAUACUUUGAAUUCCGUAUGGUACGAUUUACUGCAAAAGACAUCAAACAGGCAGAGAGAACUUGAAGAUUCCUUGUCCGAAGCGCAAAGAUUCAAUUCAGAGGUACAAGAUUUGAUUGGAUGGUUGAUUGAUAUCGAUGGAAGCAUCGCCGCAAGUAAACCAGUAGGUGGUUUACCGGAGACUGCAUCCGAUCAACUGGAAAGAUUCAUGGAAGUGUACAACGAGAUCGAAUUAAACAAACCCAAAGUGGAAGCUGUUUUAGCACAAGGUCAAGAUUAUCUUAAGCGUUCUAAUACGGCAUAUUACCUGCAGAACUAUUUGCGCACAUUGAAACAACGCUGGGAUUCUGUAAUAUCUCGUGCGAGCGACAAGAAGAUCAAAUUGGAAAUUUCGCUGAAAGAAGCUAGGGAAUUCCAUGACGCUCUUCAGGCAUUCAUCGAUUGGCUGACUGCUGCUGAAAAGCAUAUUUCCAACCUACAACCUGCUUCGCGUGUGCUUGAUACUAUUCAUGAACAAAUCGAAGAACAAAAGCAGUUCCAAAAGGACGUUACGGCUCAUAGAGAAAUCAUAUUGAAUCUUGAUAAGAAGGGAACCCAUUUGAAAUAUUUCAGCCAAAAGCAGGACGUGAUUCUAAUCAAGAAUUUGUUAAUCAGCGUUCAACAUAGAUGGGAACGCGUAACGUCCAAAGCUGCUGAGCGUACACGAUCUUUGGACCUGGGCUUCAAGGAGGCCAAGGAAUUCAACGAUGCUUGGUCUGGCUUGAUGAAUUGGCUGGACAAAACGCAUACCGAUCUCGUAGGACUCGAAGAUUCCAUUGGAAAUAAUCCCGAGACUAUUAAAUCGUAUUUAGUGAAACAUCAAGAGUUUCAGCGCACUUUAUCUUCCAAACAAAGUACUUACGAUACCACGAUGAAACUUGGCAAAGCCCUCAAAGACAAAGCGCCGAAGACCGAUGAGGCCACUUUGAAACAGAUGUCAACGAACUUGAAGAAUAAAUGGACCGAGGUCUGCAAUAGAAGUAUCGAAAGACAGCGAAAACUGGAAGAGGCUUUACUUUAUAGCGGACAGUUUAAAGACGCAAUCGUUGCUUUGAUGCAGUGGCUUCGUUUGGUAGAAAAAGAUUUCGCCGAAGAUAAACCCGUUUACGGUGAUUUGGAUACUGUAACCCAUUUAAUCGAUAGACAUCGUCGUUUUGAACAAGAUCUGAAAGCUCGCAAUCUACAAAUGAAUUCGGUCAUGAAAACCGGAGAAGAGUUGGAACAGAAAACCAAGACCGAUGAUAUUAAAUACCAACUACUCGAGCUCAAAACUUUAUGGGACAACGUAUCUAAAUUAAGCAAUGAUAAGUCGAUGAACUUGCAGGAUGCUCUAAAGGAGGCGGAAGAAUUGAACAAAGAAGUUCAUAUGCUGCUUGAAUGGUUAUCAAAUGUGGAAAUGAGACUGAGGUUUGUCGUAACGGCUGCUGACGAUGAGGUCGCCGUCGAAGGGCAGCUUCAGCUUCUAGAGAAAUUCCGAUUUGAAUUGACCGAGAAGGGAAUCGAGAAAGACUCGAUCAUAGAACAUGCUCAACAUGUUUUAAACAAGGCCCAUCCAGACGCUAUUAUGGUCAUUAACCAGUGGAUAACCAUCAUCCAAUCCCGUUGGGAAGAAGUUACUCAGUGGACGAAAGAGCGUCAAGACAAAUUGUACUUGCAACUUCAGGCGCUUAAGGACAUGGAUGCUUCUGUCGAGGAGUUGAUCAAUUGGUUGUUGGUGUUCGAAACUACCUUGUUGGAGUUAAAACAAGUACAACUGCCAGAGGAUAUUCCAAUCAUCGAGAAACUGAUUUCGGAACACAAGGAGUUUAUGGAGAAAAUCGAUAAGAGAAGUACCGAAGUGAACAGGGUCUGCAAAGCCAGAACCAAAGAUUCCAAGGACUUCGUUAAAAGCAAAACUCCAUCCUCCAAAUCUUAUUUGCUGAAAUACUAUCCAGCGCGGAAAAGCCGUACCAGUCCAGGCAGAGAACUCGGUCAAGAUUCGCAAUUGCCUCAUUACGGGCCACGAUUUGAUGCAGACAGUGCUGAGUUGGAAUUCAAGAAUCCUCGAGUUAAAUUACUUUGGGAUAAAUGGAGACACGUAUGGAUGCUCUCAUGGGAAAGGCAACGGGAAUUGAAUACACAUUUAGCUUAUCUCAAGGAGAAAGAACGUGCCGAUAAUUUCUCGUGGGACGACUGGAGGAAGAGGUUCCUGAAGUUCAUGAACCACAAGAAGUCCAGACUCACGGACUUGUUUAGGAAGAUUGAUAAGAACAAUGAACGUCUCAUAGCGCGACAGGACUUCAUAGACGGAAUCACGAAUACGAAAUUUAGUACAAGUCGACUGGAAAUGAAGGAAGUUGCAGAUAUGUUUGAUAAAAACAGUUACGGUAUAAUCGAUUGGAAGAAGUUUAUUGCCGCUUUGAGGCCGGAUUGGGAGGACAAGAAACCUGCCACCGAUGCCGACAAGAUACAUGAUGAGGUGAAGAGACUCGUGAUGCUUUGCACCUGUAGGCAGAAGUUCAGAGUCUUGCAAGUCGGCGAUGGAAAAUACAGAUUUGGUGAAAGUCAAAAGCUGCGGCUUGUCCGCAUCCUUAGGAGCACAGUUAUGGUGAGAGUUGGAGGUGGUUGGAUUGCCUUAGAUGAAUUCCUACUGAAAAAUGAUCCUUGCCGAGUUAUAUUAGUAAUGCCCCUACCUCACCCAGACAAACCCGAACAGCACGAGCCUUGGUGCCCACAUGCUAAGGGCCGCACCAACUAUGAGCUUCGUGAACAAUUCGUCCUGGCUGACGGUGUUUCCCAAUCUAUGACCGCGUUCAGACCUAAGAUCUAUGCAACCAGCGCGACAACCAGCUCUUUACGCACACCGACCGCAGGGACCACCGUUAAGACAACAAGAGAACGUACCAUCAAGUCGAUGCCGAUGUCAGGAAGUACGCUCAGGUCAUCCAGAUCUUCGUUAUCCGUAGCCACUUCGGAUUCCGUGUCCGAUGCAGAUCGCACUCCGAAGAGGACCUACAGAACUUCCCUCACGCCAGGUUCCACUUCGAACUCCAGGCCUGCCUCCAGAACCUGCAGCAGACCUGGGAGCAUUUCAUCAUCCAGACAUGGCUCGACCUUAUCUAUCAACAGUACAGACGAUACUCCAUCGCGUAUUCCCAAAAGAACUCCAAUUUCCGGACGCACAGCAACCACUGCGUCAACAACCAGCCGCAGGUUGAAUGUUUCCUCAAAUAUAUCUUCGCUUAGUAGACCGAGAACGCCUUCUGGUAUCACCUCACCUCUUCCACCAAGCGGACGAUCAUCGACCAUUCCAAGAGCUUCGAGUAUUUCAUCGCUAACAUCUGGAACAACGUCUAGGACUCGAAUACCAGUUUAUAAAGGAGAUUGCGACAUAGAAUCGCCCAUUACCUCUUCCACUUCUUGCUCCAAUUUAAUAUCCGGGUCACUAAUUCCAGUAUAUAAGAGAGAUUGUGACUCAGGAUUACCGACUUCCACUGCUAGUACUUGCUCAAUCUCUUUAAAUUCCGGGUCUCGUAUACCAGUUUACAAGGGAGAUUGUGACUUGGAGUCGCCAACUUCCAUAACUACUAGUCUUUGCUCGAUACCUUUAACCACGGGGUCUAAAAUACCAGUAUAUAAGGGAGAAUGCGACUUACAAUUGAUGUCUUCUACAGCUAGUGCUAGUUCGAUAUCGUUAACACCCGGCGCGAAAUCUUCAGUGAACUUAUCGAGAAUACCUAUUCCAGUGGGGCUUAGCACCAAAACGAGAACGACCGUCCCUAGCGCUCCAAAUUUGAGAACAUCCACGAGAACGCGAACGCCUUCAGGAUCCACUACUCCGGUUCCUCCAGGUACCCAAACCGCCGCCGAAAGACACGAAAAAACGAAGAAAGACACGACUAAGCAACCUUUCCGACUAUAAGACAACGUCGUAACAAGAAAUCCACGAGGAAUGGGAUAUAAAUCGCCAGUUAUGUUCUUAUCCUCGUCCACUACAUCAAAACAAUACUUACCCACCGCAUUACCUUCGACUGCAUAAUAUAAUGAUGCUUUGAUCAUACUAAGCUACAAAAAAAGUAUUGAAUUAGAUUUAAUGCCGAUUUCCUUUUAUACGUCAGAAAUUAGUCAUGAUUGUGUUAACGCCGAUGAGGCAAUA